CUAGUGCACCCUCGACUAGAUAUACAUGGUAUACCUUUUUCUACGUUGUUGCCUAGAAAUUUAGUAGACUGAAAUUUCAACCAAUGAAAGUAGUAAUCACACACUAAUAAUAGCUCUACUCAAUUGCCCUACUAUUUAAAUGGCAUUUUACCCACCAAUGUUGUAAUAUCCUUCCAAAUUUGGGAUCAACACAGACAUAGACACCUGCAGGACAUUGACAUAGACAUAGACAACUAAUCAAAUUCCCAGGAUGAGGAUGAAGGUGGCACAGCUCACUUGCCUGCUCAUAAUCCUCCUUCCUUGCCACCCAUGUGUUGCAAACCAGGUUGAUAACCUUAACAAGUUUAUCAAGUCCCGGAGUUCAAAAAAUCCUCCGGCUGCACAAGCUUGGGCUGAACUAUCUGUAGCGGAUGAAAAAAAACAUUCUCCGGUGUACAUUGGACCUCAAGAUGGAAAGAGUAAAGCCGACAAGAUUAAUGCUCUGCCGGGGCAGCCUGCAGGAGCGGACUUUGAUCAGUAUGCAGGCUAUGUAACUGUGGAUCCGAAAGCCGGAAGAAAUCUGUUCUAUUACUUUGUGGAGUCACCUCAAAAAUCUUCCACCAAACCUCUACUCCUAUGGCUCAAUGGAGGACCAGGAUGUUCAUCACUUGGCUAUGGAGCAAUGGAAGAAUUGGGACCCUUCAGAGUCAAAAGUGAUGGAAAAACGCUAUUCAGAAAUGACUAUGCAUGGAACAAAGUGGCAAAUGUGCUAUUCCUGGAAUCCCCUGCCGGAGUAGGGUUUUCGUAUUCGGAUACACCCUCCGACUAUAAAAAAGCUGGUGAUAAGAGCACCGCGGACGACUCUUAUACAUUUCUAUUAAACUGGCUUGAGAGGUUCCCCCAAUACAAAAACAGAGAUUUCUACAUAUCCGGAGAGAGCUAUGCCGGUCACUAUGUGCCUCAGCUUGCUUACACCAUCCUGUCAAGAAACAAGAACACAGACAAAACAAAAAUUAAUCUAAAGGGCGUUGCAAUUGGGAAUCCUUGGAUGGAUGAUAAUACCAACAACAAGGGGCAGUAUGACUAUUACUGGACACACGCUUUGAUCUCUGAUGAAACCAAUGCAGGAAUAAACAAGAACUGUGACUUUAGUGCGAACACUUCAGAAACUUGUGACAAAUAUACACAGGAGGCAUUUUCUGUGUUCCGAAUCAUGGAUAUUUACAACAUUUACGGCCCAACUUGCCAUUCAAAUGCAACAAACAAUGCUUCCACUGGCUCUAUCAAGGACUUUGAUCCCUGCUCCGACAUCUAUGUCAAGGCCUACCUGAAUUUACCUGAGGUGCAGAAAGCUUUUCAUGUCAGGAAUACGUCGUGGUCAGCUUGCAACGACUAUGAAUGGGCAGACGCCCCUAAAAACGUUCUGCCAACAAUCAAGCAGCUCAUAGCUGGUGGCAUUAGAGUAUGGAUAUAUAGUGGUGACAAUGACGGACGGUGUCCAGUGACCGCCAAUAGGUAUUCGGUAAACGCCUUGAAGCUUCCUGUGAAGACGGCUUGGCGUCCAUGGUAUUAUAACAAAGAGGUUGGCGGGUUCGUGGUUGAAUAUCAGGGACUGGCGCUAGCCACAGUAAGAGGCGCAGGGCAUGAAGUUCCGAGCUACCAACCGGAGCGAGCACUGGCAUUGAUCUCAUCUUUCCUUCAGGGAAAGCUUCCUAAACCAACUUGAUUAGAUUUUCUUAACCUGAUUCAGCAGGUUAAUACUUCUCUCCAUGUAAUGCCAGAAAAGAUAAAAUUAUGUAAAUGAAAAUAAGGCAACCUGAGCCUGUAGUAAACUCUGUAAAUGAAAAUAAGGCACAACCUGAGCCUGUUGUAAAUUAUGUAAAUGAAAAUAAGGCAAAAACAAAUCAAGAAGAGCACAUAACCAUGUUGAUAAGAGGAAUUCUCUUAUACUUUUUCUUUUCUUUUAUUUUUCUUUUUUCCCCUAACAAAUAACACGCUCACUGCGACGAGGUUCUAGCGACGAAGUCUAGACCCCCAACAUUCCACCAUAUAAAACAACACAAAAGAAUGCUCUAGAUCAGAGCAACUCAAAAAAGUAAAAUCACUGAAUUCAACAACCCCCAUUGAACACUUUA